AUGAACAGUGGCAGCGCCAACAUCACCUACGCCAGUCGGAAGCGGCGGAAACCCGUGCAGAAAACAGUAAAACCAAUACCGGCAGAAGGUAUCAAAUCAAAUCCUUCCAAAAGACACAGAGACAGACUUAAUACAGAGUUGGAUCGUUUGGCUAGCCUGCUGCCCUUCCCACAAGAUGUUAUCAAUAAGCUGGACAAGCUUUCAGUUCUGAGGCUCAGUGUCAGUUACCUGAGGGCCAAGAGCUUCUUUGAUGUUGCAUUGAAGUCUUCCCCUGCUGACAGAAAUGGAAGCCAAGAUAACUGUAGAACCAAACUCAGAGAAGAUUUGAACUUGCAGGAAGGAGAGUUCCUAUUACAGGCUCUGAAUGGAUUUGUGUUGGUUGUAACUACAGAUGCUUUGAUAUUUUAUGCUUCAUCCACUAUACAAGAUUACCUAGGAUUUCAGCAGUCUGAUGUCAUACAUCAAAGUGUUUAUGAACUUAUUCAUACUGAAGACCGAGCUGAAUUUCAGCGACAGCUACACUGGGCAUUGAACCCUUCACAGUGUGCAGACUCAGGACAAAGAAUUGAGGAGGCUAAUAGUCUUCCACAGCCAGUAGUCUAUUAUAACCCAGAACAGCUUCCUCCGGAAAACUCUUCCUUUAUGAAGAGAUGCUUCAUCUGCCGUCUAAGGUGUCUGCUGGAUAAUUCAUCUGGUUUUCUGGCAAUGAAUUUCCAGGGAAGGCUAAAAUAUCUUCAUGGGCAGAACAAGAAAGGGAAAGAUGGAUCAAUCCUUCCACCUCAGUUGGCUUUGUUUGCAAUAGCUACUCCACUUCAGCCACCGUCCAUACUUGAAAUCCGAACCAAAAAUUUCAUCUUUAGAACUAAACACAGACUUGAUUUUACACCUACUGGUUGCGAUGCCAAAGGGAAAAUUAUUUUGGGAUAUACUGAAGCAGAGCUGUGCAUGAGAGGAUCAGGAUAUCAAUUUAUUCAUGCUGCUGAUAUGCUUUACUGUGCUGAGAAUCACAUCCGAAUGAUUAAGACUGGAGAGAGUGGCAUGACCGUGUUCAGGCUUCUUACCAAAGGAAAUCGGUGGGCGUGGGUUCAAUCCAAUGCACGCUUAGUGUAUAAAAAUGGGAGACCAGAUUAUAUCAUCGCCACUCAGAGACCUCUCACAGAGGAAGAGGGAACAGAGCACCUAAGAAAACGAAAUAUGAAGUUGCCUUUUAUGUUUACCACUGGAGAAGCUGUGCUGUAUGAGGUAGCCAACCCCUUUCCUCCCAUGAUUGAUCCUUUACCAUUAAGGACUAAAAGCAGCAGCAGUGCAAAAGACUCUGCUGCUAAAUCAACUUUAAAUAAGGAUUCCCUCAACCCCAGUUCCCUCUUGGGUGCCAGAAUGCAACAAGAUGAAUCGAUUUAUCUUUAUCCAGCUUCAAAUACUGUACCCUUUGAAAGAAACUUUUUAAACAAAUCUAUGAAUCAGUGCAAUAACUGGGAAGACCAUAUUACACCAGUGGGAAGUGAGAAUCCUCUCAAACAUGAACAAGUUACUCAGUCUCAGGAAAUGAACCUGAUUGUCUCUGAAGAUCAAGCAGGCCUCUUUCCAGAUAAUAAAAAUAGUGACUUGUACAGCAUUAUGAAAAACCUAGGCAUUGAUUUUGAAGAUAUCAAGCACAUGCAACAGAAUGAGGAAUUUUUCAGGGCCGAUUUUUCUGGUGAGGAUGACUUCGGAGACAUUGACAUAGCAGAUGAACUACUGACAUACGUCCAAGAUUCUUUAAGUAAGUCUACCUUCAUGUGUUCUGGUUACCAACAGCAAGAGUCUGUGGUUCUAAACUCAAGCUGUAUGGUACAAGAACACCUCCAGUUAGAACAGCAGCAACUGCAGCACCACCAACAGCAAGUAGUAGAACAGCAGCAACAGCUCUGCCAGAAAAUGAAGCAUAUGCAAGUUAAUGGCAUGUUUGCAAAUUGGAACUCUAACCAGGCUGUGCCUUUUAGUUGUCCUCAGCAAGACCUACAGCAGUAUAAUGUCUUUCCAGACUUGCAUAGGACGAAUCAAGAAUUUCCCUAUAAAUCUGACAUCAGUACAAUGCCUUAUACACAGAACUUCCAGUCUGUAAUACCACAACAUGCCAGUUGCACUCAGUUGGACAUUCCAGUGGGGAAUUUCGAACCAUCCCCAUACCCUAGUACAUCUAAUUUUGAAGGUUUUGUCCAUUGUUUACAAGUUUCUGAACACCAGGAACAUGGAUUAAAUCCACAGUCAACUGUAGUGACUCCACAGACAUGUUAUGCAGGGGCCGUGUCAAUGUAUCAGUGCCAGCCGAAAGCUCAGCACACCCAGCUGGAUCAGAUGCAGUACAAUCCAGCAAUCCCAGGCUCUCGGACAUUUCUGGAUGAGAUCCAGAAUGGAGGCAUUCUCAGUGAAACCUAUCCACCUGAAUUAAAUAGCAUGAAUAACACUCAGGCUCCCACACAUCUUCAGCCUCUUCAUCAUCCAUCAGAAACCACACCUUUCCCUGAUUUGACAUCCAGUGGAUUUCUGUAA